AUGUCGGCAUUGAAGUUGAUCCCGAGUCAAACCCUGCAAUUUCAACAGAUCACAAAUCUCGGCUAUACCCACCUAGAACGACUGGAGACUUCGAUCUGGCUGCCAAUUUCCGAGACAGAGAUCGCAUUUCAUAUCUACAGCCGCUGUGAGUCGUCCGCUGCACUGCAUUGUACCAUGGUUGCCUCCCGCCAUGCGAACUAA